AUGCGGUCCAAAACGGGGAGAGCUGACCAACGCCGACUGCAUUACUCAAGUGCUGCCUUUCGGGAUCAUAAAGGCGCAGCGGCUAAAAGAAGAGUAGACGCCGGAAUUCGCACGUGGGAAUCAAUCCAGGCGCGCGCGCGCCGGAGGCACCAGGGCGUGUGGCACAUCCCACGUGCAGUGACACAAAAGCAUGACAAUCCAAAUGGGCCCAAUAAGCCUGAUGGCGAAGAUUCAGAAUCUGAGGACGACGAGGAAAUGUAUUAUUCCUGCGACACGCACAUUGGUGUGCACCAUGUCGGCGACUCUUACUAAGCUGCUUUAGGCCCAGAGUAUGCAGGGGAGAGCCCACUCUUCGAACAGUACCGCUCCGCGCUGCGAAAAGGGUGUUGCUCGAAAGAGCAGAAGGCGAUAGGCGUAAAGUUUAUCGAGCGCAUUCCGGAGUUGAAAAUCAACAGCGAACGUCGUUUGUGGACAGAUACCGCGUAC